GUUCCAGUGGCGCUCCGCGCUCCGUGCGUGCUUGCUCGAGGACGGUGCGCGUCCCAGGAGCCCCUGGUCCACAGACGCCGCCGCCGCGGCCGCCGCCGCCGUCCUCGGAGACGCAGGCAGGGGGCCGACGGGGAGGAGAGGAGGAGGAGGAGGAGGAGGGAGGGGGGGAAAGGAUUGCAGUCAGCAGCGCGUUGCCGAUGCCUCCGAGGAGCGGCACGGCCCCGCCGACGCGGCUGGUGGCACGCGGGCGCACCCGCCCCUGGAGGGCGGUGCCCAGGAAGGCUGGGCGGGCAAGCCUCGUCCCAGGACCCCAGGGCCUACCACGAGGAGAGGAAGAGGAGGGAGGAGGAAUGGAGGUGGUGGUGGUGUAUAUUCUUGGGGCCCGCCGCAUCGUCUUCCUCCUCCCGCGUUCACUUCUCCGGCAUCUCGAACUCACCGUCGUCGACCAUCUGCGUCAAGGUCGCGGGCGCCGUGCCGUCCACCGUGCAGCCCACGGCCCUGCAACUGCCGAGCACCUCUUUGACGGUGCCGCUGAACUCCUUGGCCUGGCUCUUGUCCCUCAUCUGCCUCACGAUAUGUCGAACAGCUGCUGCUUAGUCAGGUUCCCGGAGUGCUUGAUGUUCUUGGUCUUCUUGCGGUCGCGCAUAGGCUCCUUCAGACCCUUGAUGAUGAGGCUCGUGGCGUUCGGCUCCACGUCCACCUUUGCCGCCCGGUUCUGGAUCGUCACCUGACCGUCACGCGGAUGCCCUUCCACUGCGAGGUGCCCUUCACGAUAUCGUCUCCGAUCUUCUUGGGAGACAUCCCCAGGGGCCCCACCUUCGGUGCGAGCACGGAAGAUGGAGCCUGCUCGCCGCCAUACUGCCUAAGCUUGACGAUCUUGACCUCGUUGGGGUCAAACUUAGGCGCCAUGGCAACCAGAACGGGAAAGGCUGGCCCACGGAGCCGGCUGAGCCAGGGCGGUGGCUGGAAACCUUGAGCCGCAACGGCU